UAGGGAAGGGCUAUUGCUCUUGACAUAUCUAAAGCUUUCGAUAAAGUUUGGCAUGCUUAUCUUUUCCAUAUUUUUGCCUAAUUUGGUGUAUCUGGGAAAGUUUUUGAGAUCCUCAAACCAUGAAAAAUGUUUUAGUUAAAGAAGUUACUGUAUCACGCUUUACACUCUAAAGAUAGCAUAGAAAAAAAUUUAGCAGCAUAAUAAAACAGAUUGAGGUAACAAAAGUUCGAGUCACUUUACCGGGAACUAACUUUAUUUUAAAAAAUGUCUUUUGCGAAAUGGUCAAUAACAAAAUAAAAAGUCCAUGAAAAACCGUAAAAUGUCAACGAUAGUAAGCCAAUUCAUCUGAAAAACUAUGAAGGCCUUGUGCUUGUUAUUUAUAUUUUUUGACUGCACCUUAACUAAAUAUUUGUUAGGUAAAUAUAAAAUUAACAUUUUAAAAGAAGAACUCAAAGUUUUGCAAGAAGCUGGACGUCAAUUAAAAACUCAGAAGAACAUCGAAGAUGCUCAUACGCUAUUGUUUGGUAAAUAUGUUACAUUGCUAAAUCGUCCUUAUGCUUCUGAUACUAAAAUAUGGAAGGAAAGACUAAUUAUAUUUAAGGAAAGCUUGGCAAGACAUCAAUUAUUGAAUAACUAUGAAGUUUUAUAUAAUGGCACAGCUAAAUAUGGUAUCAAUCAAUAUUCAGAUUGGUCUCUUGAAGAGUUUAAAAAUUAUCGUCUUACUUCAAAUCUGGGAAUGUUUUCUGAUUUUUCUACUCCAAAGAUUUAUUUGAACAACGGAAAUGAAAUUUGUUCAAUACAAAAAAAGGCAUAUCCUAGUUCAAAAGAUUGGAUUGGAAUGUCAACAAAGAUUAAAGAUCAGAAAAAUUGUGGAAGUUGCUGGGCUUUUGUUGCAUCUGAGCAAGUGGAAACAUAUCUUGCAAUAGCUGGUAAGCCAAUUGUUGAAUUAAGUCCUCAAGAGCUAAUAUCUUGUUCACCAUCAAUGGGCUGCCAUGGUGGAAAUACUUGUACUGCACUAAGCUGGCUGAAGCAGACUCAUUCAUGUUUAAAAACAGAAAAAGAAUACCCUUAUGAAGCACAAGUAUCAAAAUGUCUUUAUUCUAAUUGCACAACUUCAGAUGCUAGAAUAUAUGCUGUCUGUGGCUGUCAAAGUUUUGUUGGUAAUGAAGAAUAUAUGAUUCGUGUAUUAUCACAGAAAGGUCCUUUAUCAGUUAAUGUUGAUGCUGUAUCAUGGCAAGAUUAUAUAGGAGGUAUUAUACAACAUCAUUGUACCAAUAAAGACAUUAAUCAUGCAGUACAAUUGAUUGGGUACAACUUGGAUGAUGGUUUAGUACCGUAUUUUGUUGUUCGCAAUCAAUGGGGUCCAUUAUUUGGCGAAGAUGGUUAUCUUCGAAUAAAAUAUGGCGGUGUUGCAGAGCAGUCUUCGUUUAUAGUUGUUUGAUCUAAGCCUUCGUUUAUUGUUGCUUGAUCUUUUCCCCUUACAGUUUUAUAAGUUUUAAAAGUUAUAUAUAUAUAUAUAUA